AUGUUAGCAGCGACGCUAUUAUUAUGCUCGGUGGCGCUGAGCGGUGUGCGCGCUGAUGCCGAUGAUCAAGAGAUCACGACGACGGAACCGCCGCCGCGGCCCUACGCCUUCUCUUACACGGCAGGACGCUAUCCCGGACACACAGACCGACAGCAUGCCGAGGUCAGCGAUGGCAGUGGCGUUGUGAGAGGUACAUUUUCGUACGUGGAUCCGGCGCAACGUGUUCGUACCGUGGACUACGUGGCUGACCGGGAGGGAUUUCACCCAGUGCUGAGUGAUCCACUGCCCGCCCUGCCCCAAGACUCCGAGGCCGUGGCCGCCGCCAAAGACCGGCAUCUCUCUCUCUACGCUCGCAUCGCCGAGGACCAUGCGACUCACCCGCAUCCUGACGAGUCGUACGUGCCGCGUCAGUCCGCAGCGGUCGUGGCGGCGGCGGCGCGCCACGCGUCCUUGUUCCGCGUCAUCGCCGAGCAACACGCGCGCAUCGCCGCCGAACGAGACGCGCUUCAGCAGGAAGAACAGCUCGAAUAG